ACUGUUCAAACAUUAUAACUGGACACAAGUUGUGAUAAUUUCGAAACGUAAGAGUAGCCAGAGACAUGUUUUCUGUGAUUAUUCCACGAGAUCAGUAGAAACAGCGUUCAGUGAGAAUGAUAUAAAAAUAGUUGAUUUCAUACCAAUAGAGGCUGAUAUAGCAGAUGGACAAAUAGACAUCGUUCUAAGCAGAGCGAAACAGCGGGCUAGAAUCAUUAUUCUAUGUACGGAGAUAACUUCUGACAGAAGGCGAAUUUUAGCACAUGCGCACCGGAAAGGUAUGACAGACGGAAGUUAUGUUUACCUUUUGCCCGAUCAUUUGCCGCCAGAAGAUAUAUCAACUCCGUGGAAGACAAGAAAUGAUAAUGACGUUGAAGCCAAAAUGGCGUUUACUUCUGCAUUCCAGAUAAGUGUUGCAGAAAUGGCGGGACCGGAUGUAGAGACGUUCCGUGACCUAGUUUCCGAGAAGAUGGCGCAUGAACCAUGGAACUACAAUUACACUAAAGAUAACAAUAUAAGGGGUUCGGAGUAUUCGGCGUUUCUUCAUGACGUUGUUUAUCUUUAUCUUAUCGUUCUGAAUGAGACUCUCGCCAAUAACGAGAACCCGCGGAACGGAACGCUCAUGUUUGAAAGAGCCAAGGGCAAAACGUUUCGAGGUAUGACAGGAAAUGUCAAAGUUGACGACAAUGGCGACAGGGAACCAGAUUAUUGGGUCUGGGAUCUGGUACCCGGUGCAACAGAAUUUCAUGUCGCAAUGGAAAUAUCCCUGACUUCUGCAGAUAGUGAGAAAAUUCAGACUCUUAAAGAAAUUGUAUGGGAAACAACAGAUGGUAAAGCUCCGCCUUCCACUCCAACAUGUGGGUUCUUAAAUGAGAACUGCCCACCUGAAAAAUCAAAUAUGGUAUUAACAAUUUCUAUUUUUACUGCCGUCGCCAUUGUCCUAGGUUCAGCUGCAAGUGUCACAGGCUACCUCUGGUACAGGAGAGCCAAGUUUGAUCGGGAAGUAGAACUUAAGUUGUGGACGAUAAAUGGCGAUGAUAUCCGAAUGUCCAAGGCCCGGUUCACAAACAGUAUAAGUCAGUUAAGUCUACGCAGCGUAGCAGGGUCAAAAUCUGCUGGUGACCGGAUAUCAGAUGUCACAGAUAAUCUCCAGUUAUUUUCCAAGAUUGGGUUCUACAAGGGGAUAGUUGUAGCCAUCAAAUGUUUGAACCCUCAGUGUAUAUCCCUAACACAGACUGAUUUACACGAACUAAAAGCGAUGCGAGAUCUACGGAAUGAGAACGUGAACACGUUUAUUGGCAUGUGUACUGAAGAAUGCAGACCUUGUUUACUAACAGCAUAUUGUAACAAAGGUAGUCUUGAGGACAUUAUUGAAAAUGAAGAUAUCAAGCUGGAUUGGUUGUUUAAGGUCUCGCUUAUAAAUGACCUUACAAAUGCACUUUACUAUAUUCAUUCGUCUCCGUUACGUUACCAUGGCAACAUUAAAAGCAGCAACUGUUUAGUUGACAACAGAUGGGUGCUAAAGGUGACUGAUUAUGGGCUUACAAGAAUGAGAAAUCUAAAUAGGCGUCGUAAUCUUACAGAAUACAAGUAUUAUACAGGUAUGUUUUGGACGGCACCGGAGCUCAUAGACAAUAGCAUGCAGAUACAUACGGGUACACAAAAAGCGGAUAUUUACGCGUUUAGCGUUGUCUUGUUCGAGAUUCUGUACAGACGAAGUCCAUACGAUACCGUUACAACCUCACCAGAAGAAAUAAUAAAACGCGUUCAAGCACGAGAGGUUCCGCCGUAUCGUCCUUCACAUUUUAAUGACGAGGCAGAAGACAGCAUCGAGAACGACUGGAAAGUGGGCUACAACACGAGAAAGAGGAUGAUCCAGUUACUGAACGAAUGUUGGUCGGAUAAUCCGGAAUGUAGACCGCCAAUGCCAGACAUUAGAUAUGUAACAAGAGAAUUAUAUGAAGGGAGGAAGGUGAAUAUAGUGGACAAUAUGGUUCUUAUGUUAGAAAAAUACGCUGUGAAUCUGGAGACUGUUGUAGAGCAGAGAACAGCCGCGUUAAUCGAGGAGAAACAGAAAACCGACACCCUACUUUACAGAAUGUUACCUACGACAGUUGCUGAAGAUUUGAAAUGUGGGAAAAUUGUCAGACCGGAAGUAUUUGAAAAUGUAACCAUAUAUUUUUCGGAUAUUGUCGGUUUCACUGCUUUGUCGUCAGAAAGUACUCCGAUAGAAAUAGUGGACUUUUUGAACGAUUUGUAUUCAGCAUUUGAUGCAAGAAUAUCACAACGUGAUGUCUACAAGGUAGAGACUAUAGGUGAUGCAUACAUGGUUGUCAGCGGCCUGCCUGUUAGAAACGACCACAGACAUGCCGAAGAGAUUGCUUUAAUGUCGCUGGACCUGCUAAAAUGUGCCAAAGAGUUUAAAAUAGAGCACAAGCCGGAAACAAUACUACAACUGAGGAUUGGUAUCAACACUGGACCAUGUGCAGCAGGUGUGGUCGGGAGAACUAUGCCACGGUACUGUUUAUUUGGCGAUACUGUAAACAUUGCAAGCAGAAUGGAGUCAACUGGUGAAGCAAUGAAGAUUCAUCUAAGCCAGAGCGCCAAGACAGCUCUCGACCUUUGUGACAAAUUUCAAACUGAAGUGAGGGGAUCAAUAGAAAUAAAGGGUAAAGGAAGUGAAAUGACGUACUGGUUGAUAGGAUCCAAAUGCUGAACUGUUGCUACGUAAGAGAAAUAUUUACGAUGACAACUUGUGAACAGCUCAACAGUCACAUAAACUACAACAACAACAACAACUACUGUUUUUAUUUCUAUUUAAUAAUAACCCAAUAUUAUUGAAAGACCCCUAUGGCAAUUCAUUAACUGACAAUUCAAUGCUAUGUUUUUGAACGAAAUAAAUAUGUUACUAAGCACCUGAAGUCUCCCUAGCCCACCGGUCCCUUUCCCGUACACGCUUGUCGCUAUGCCGAACGUUUUUGUUUAAUUAUCUUCUAUAAUGCAUUUAUUG